AAUAAUCUUCUUCACUUUCCUAAGUUGAGAAAGUGAGUUCUUGUCUAAAAGAAGUACUUAUCCUCUUCUCCAAAAAAAAUGGGCGAAGCACAGGGUUUCAUGGCACCCGGCCUUGUGACGGGCACCAUGGUAUUUCUGGUUUUGGGCAUUAUCGCGACAACGAUUUCACAGUUCGUCGCGAAGGAGACAGCCAACUGUACUAAGUCCGAGGCACGUUUCAUUGGUGGAAGCGUUGUCGCCAUGAGCACCGUCUGCAUGUGGAUGUUGUACUAUAUUAUUUUUUACACAACUCAAUGAUCUUGAUAUUUUCACAGAAGUGCAAAAAAGGACACAUAUAAUUAGUAGUAAAAAUGCAUACCCGUCUCAGGACUGGGUAUAUCAUCAUCAUCAUCAUCAUCAUCAUACUUCUGGGAUACAAUCAAUCCUCGCACUAGUGCGGGAGAAAGACGAAGAUAAUUUGGAGCGCCAAGCUCUUUUUAUACUGUUUUCAACUGUUCUUUUCGUCUCCCUCACUACAGCUGGGCAUUCACGUACAUGCAUCAAAUGGUGCCGUUGAUCUACCCGGUCCACACCCCGCCAACAACCGGUUAAGGAGGUCCACCGGAAUAUUAGCCUCCGACCACGGGAAGUGUUUUUAGUAGCUCUCUUUACAAUUACAACUGCUUCAAAACAACGACUUCAAACUACCACAUGGGACCGCAACGAUUUCAACACGACAACUUCUAGUAGGACGAACAACACUUUUAGUAUAUAAUUUGAAUAAAAUCUUCUUGAAUACUACCACUGCUACAUCACACUUACUAGUCUUGUUACACCUCAUACUAACAAGAUGAGGUGGACGACAACAAGAACCCCUGAUGUGAAGGAUGAUGAACGUGCUACAACUCCUACAUGAGGCCGAUGCGGAGGUGCAACUCAGGAGGGCGACUUUUUCAAGCAACUUUCAGAUCAAAACACAACUAGCCCUAGAAGUACUACUACAACGACUGAGGCAGAGCAGGCACACAGAAGCACCAGAAGGUUGAGUACUGAGCUUUUCCUUGCUCUUUCCUCAACGACAAACGCUGCGAUUAUUGCAGGAGCAGUACGAGGAGGGCUAUACGUAGAUUGCUCUUGUCACACGAAGGACUAGUAGUGUUUGUGGAUGAGCAGGUAAAAAUUUGGUAAAUCUUCCUUCUCUGGGACUUCGGGGAGGGCGCCUGCCGGCCUCGUCUUGUUGAAAAUUUCUUACACCAGAUUCUUGAUGCGAUUUGUUUGGAUUGCCUUGUGAUGCAGUGACCGUGAAAUAAGAUCGUCGCUUUCUCAACACAAGAAUUAUGCUUCUGUAAUUCGCAGAGCGCGCGUAACUAUGGAUAUCUCCACCGAUAUCCGAUGCUCGG